AUGGGAAGAGUUAGGUUUCAAUGUAUGCCAUCUUAUUGCAUGGACAGUGAAAAAGAAAGCAGAUUGUCGAUCUCGAAGGAGAGAAGCGAAAGUGCAGUGUCUCUCUCGCUCGCGUCCAGCAGCCAGGGACGUCAGGGUCGUACGGCGUCGUCAAUAUUCGAAUCGAUAGUCUGUCUGAUAUGCACAAGCAAGGGCCAAAAAACCGAAGGGCCUGGGACGAAAGACGAUGCUGAGACUGACCCAGGAUGGCAUAAGAAACAAGCCGUUUCCUCCCACACUGUGACGUCGAAGUGCAGACAAGAAGGCUUUGUGGAAAAGAGGAAUAAUCGGGAUAUGAUACGAUCUUUGCCUCUGAAGUAUAUGCCAGCUGCACUCCACCAGAUAGCGGUCUAA